AUCUAUCAGGCAGUCCGGACCGCCGCGCUUCCAAAGUGGCGAGCGAGGCCCCGCGACGCCCCGGCCUCCUGCCCCCGCCCCGCCCGGCCGCCGGGAGCUCCGUCCCCUCCCUCCGCCAAGGGGAGGAAAAAAAAAAACACCAAACCACAACAAGAAAGAGGAGGAAAGAGGAAAGAAAAAAAAAAAAGCCAAGAAAAAAAAGCCAAGGGCGGCGGAGCGGUGCGCGGCGGAGCCGCGGCCGCGGAGCGGAGCGGUGGAGCGGCGGGUGCCCGCGGAGCCGCGGCGGCCCCAUGCCCGGCGCCCGCGGGCGCCCAUCGCAGCGGGCGGGAACCAGCGUCGCCGCCUGAUCCCCGAUGCCCGGCGGCGGGAGCAGGGCGCGCAGCCGGAGGUGACCGGGCGGCCAGGGCAGCCCCGCGCCGCGGGACGCCGCGGACGGGAGAGGAGCGGGAGCGGCCGCCCCAUGCCCCGCGGGGACGGGGCCGCGGGGGGCAGCCAGGCCGCUCGGGUCUAGCCCCAGGGGCCGGUCGGAGGAGCGGCGGGAGGGGGGCACGGGGGGAGCCCGCCGCGCCGCCGGGUGCGGGCGGGAGGCCCCGCCGCCGCGCCCUGUCCGCCGAGCGGGGAUGACCCUAUCGGGCGGCGGCAGCGCCAGCGACAUGUCCGGCCCCACCGUCCCGGCGGCCGAGGAUGUGGAUAUCGACGUGGUGGGUGAAGGCGACGACGGGCUGGGCAAGGACAGCGACGGCGAGGCCGGCAGCCCCGCCGCUCUGCCGCGCCUGCCGCUGGACGAGGCGGCGGAGCUGGCGCUGCCCGCGGAGACGGGCGCGGGCGCGGAGAGCGGCAGCAGCGGCAGCGGCAGCCCGGCCCAAGCGGCCCUCGGCGGCGCGGCCGAAGGCGGCAAGGGGGGCGGCGAGGAGGGGGCGAGCGGCGGUGGCGGCGGGGCAUCGGCGGGACAGAGCAAGCCCAAGAGCAGCCUGGUGAAGCCGCCCUACUCUUACAUCGCCCUGAUCACCAUGGCCAUCCUGCAGAGCCCGCAGAAGAAGCUGACGCUCAGCGGCAUCUGCGAGUUCAUCAGCAACCGCUUUCCGUACUACCGGGAGAAGUUCCCCGCCUGGCAGAACAGCAUCCGCCACAACCUCUCCCUUAACGACUGCUUCGUCAAGAUCCCCCGGGAACCCGGCAACCCGGGCAAGGGCAACUACUGGACGCUGGAUCCGCAGUCCGAGGACAUGUUCGACAACGGCAGCUUCCUCCGCCGCAGGAAGCGCUUCAAGCGGCACCAGCAGGAGCACCUGCGGGACCAGACGGCGCUGAUGAUGCAGGGCUUCGGCGCCUACGGCCUCGCCGGUCCCUAUGGCCGCCCCUACGGGCUGCACCCCGGCGCCUACACACACCCCGCGGCCGCCGCGGCCGCGCUGCAGUACCCCUACAUCCCUCCCGUGGGGCCCAUGCUGCCGCCGGCAGUGCCGCUGCUGCCGUCCAGCGAGCUCAGCCGCAAAGCCUUCAACUCCCAGCUCAGCCCCAGCCUUCAGCUGCAGCUCAACAGCCUGGGGGCCGCCGGCUCCAUCGUCAAGUCAGAGCCCAGCAGCCGCCCCUCCUUCAGCAUCGAGAACAUCAUCGGUGUCCCGGCAGCCAGCUCGGCCGCCAGCGCCCAGACUUUCCUGCGGCCGCCCGUCACCGUGCAGUCGGCCCUGAUGGCCCACCAGCCGCUGGCGCUGGCCAGGACCACCGCCGCCAUCGCCCCCAUCCUCAGCGUGCCUACCAACAUCAUCGCGGGGCAGUUCCUGCAGCCCGCAGCCCCCGCCGCCGCCGUGCAGGCCAAGUGGCCGGCGCAGUAGCCCCGGCCAAGUAGCCCCAGGCGAGUUCCUGCAGCCACCGCCGGCCGCCCCCUCGGGGGCUCCGCGGCCGCCCCGACUCGGGCUUGGAGCAGCGGGCAUCGCCCCCCCCACCGCCGCUUGUACAUAUUUGUAUCAAAAAUCACUGACGUUGCUUUCGGGGGUUUUUAUUUUUCUAAAGAGGCGAAAUGACGGUCGCGAUUAGGAGCUGCGAACUUUCACUUUUUUUGAAGGUUCCGACGCUCUGAGCGGUUUUAUCCGAAAUAAACGAACAAACGAAAAAAAAAAAAGUAUAAAAAAUAAGCGGGGAAGAUUUUAAAUAUUAAACGAACUACGAACAAAACAAAGAAUUUUGGAGAAAAAAAUAACAAAGGAGGAAAACGCUGUCAUUCUAUUAUAGAAGUCUGUUUAUAUAUGAAUGAAUAUAUGUAUUCUAAAUGUUAUCCCUUCGUGUUGUACACAACUUUGUAAAUAAAUUUUUAAACUGCUCUGCC